AUGCUUUCUGGGAUUUCACCUGGAGCCUCCAGUCCACUUGACCUGUGUAUUUGGGCUCCAGUGAUGCCAGGGACGAAGGUGCCGACGUCGCAGAAAACCCAAGAUGAAUUUUCUGCGUCGCCGUGCCUCGGGCUCACCGUCAGUGGCGUGUCCGAGUUGACUUUAUCCUCCUCGUUCUAUGGGGCGACCCAGCCAAGUAGUCCACUCCUACUGAACGCCGAGGCGAACGACAGCGGCAGUGUCAAGGCGGGCGAAAAGAGUCAUUCUCUAAAGCACGGCGGCGGUGGUGGUGGCGUCUGCAACACACCAUCCGAUACUUCUUUCAUUGAGGCGCUGGGGCAGCCGGCAUCGGGGCCCCCACGCCCAGAGGAGGCGGUGCAGCUUUCUCCCCAUGAUGUUGUAAGGUGUGCGGAACAUCACAAGGAAAGAACUGUGCAAAACAUGCUGCGCGUCGUGAAUAGAGCAGGUGAACGUGUCUGGGUGUGUCGUCCCGAUGUGGCAUGCAGGAUGCGGAAGUGUGGUCGCGCUCUCUGCCGUGGUGCACGUUUUAAGGAGCCGUGUCCAAAUGCGUUCCCUAACAUGACCUCAAUUCCCGGCGCCACUGUCACCACAAUGCAGGCUCCGCGUCUUGUAUUUGCAACACCACACAUUGACGAUCAUACCGCGGCUUCAAGCGGGGUAACGCGGUGCCGUAUUGGAGACUGCGGGGCCUUUGUCGCAACACCGCUUGCCCUUACUGCCUCGCCCGCCCUUACUCAACUCCAGUUCCUGCGGCGUACGGUGCAUGGUGACCCCAUGUUUUGGGUUCCCGUUUCACCGCUGCCACCAGCAUUUUACCAUGCGGCUCCUUGGGUAGGAGGAGUUGGAGGAGCACCUUGCGCUGGUGCCCCCCCGCAGUUCCCGGUGCCCCCCAAUUUCACGUGGGUUUCCUCACCGGUUUCACGCUGA